AUGGUGGGACGUGGAGAUGUGAUCCGCCGUGCUGCCGUGGACUGGGACGCGGUGGAUGCCGAGCUCCAGGGCAUCCCUUCAUCCUUCAAGGAGCCCAGGUUCGACUCUGUGAAGCACGUCCUCUCCCUCCUCAGCGAUGAGCGGGCCGAGCAGGAGCUCGCCAGGCUGCGGGCCCAAAGUGCUGCAGUGGAUGCGCUGGUGACGGACGUGGUGGACACCUACUACGCCGGCUUCAACCGUGCCAUCCAGAAUUACUCCCACAUCCUGAAGCUCUUCAGCGAUGCCCGAGUCCAGCUGAGCACGCUGCGCCAGACCCUGGGCACCUCCCUGCAGCAGUUCGACAUCCGCCUGGCGCACGUGCACUCGCUCUGGCAGCGCCACAUGCUGGCCGCCGAGACGCUGCGCCUGCUGGGCGACGUGGAGGCCGUGCUGGCCGCGGCCCUGGUUGGCGCUCCGGGGGGGAGCGGCGGCCGGCACGGCCAGGCACUGAGGGCCGCCGCCUCCCUGCGCCCCGUCCACGAGCUGCUGCGCCUGCUGCGCGGUGUGGAAGGCGCGGAGGACCUGCUGGAGGCGGCGGGGCGCGAGCCGAGCCUCCUGGAGCGGGACCAGUGGCUGGACCUGCUGUUGAGCACGCGGGGCGGGGAGGACGCUGACCUGGCUGAGCGACUGGGCGACAGGCUGGCGGCGCGCCCGGCGGGGAUCCGGCCGGAGGCUCCGGGGGGUCAGGUGGCCGCCUCGAGCUCGCAGCGAGCGAUGGGGAGGGGACGAUACCCGGCCAUGGACUGA